AUGAAUAAAGGUACGAAGAAGGGACUUGUAAAACUGGGACCAAUUGGUAAACGAUCAAAUAAAACUUGGGAUGAGAAAGGGCGUUACAAGAUUACUGGAAUAUUUAUUUCAUAUGAAGAUUCGCAUGUAAAUUGCCUGCAAUUUCAGUAUGAAGAUAAUUGUACAAAUUUGGUGCCUGAGUUUGGGCGUCACACCGGAUCAAAAUUUUCAACGGUAAUUUUCGACUAUAAAUUUGAAUAUAUUACGGGAUUGAGUGGUAACUACUCUCCUUCGGAGAUCAAAUCAAUGACAAUUAAAACGAAUCGAAAAAAGUAUGGACCUUUUGGAAGUAAAGAAGAACUUAACACUAAGUUUAACUUUGAGUUCGGUCCGAGCAACCGAUUUGGUGGAUUUUAUGGCACUUACUCUACAAAUGGACGCAUAACAUCGAUAGGAGUUUAUGUAAAGCCUGGCGGCUCUGGCCUCGGCCUGUGCCCCGUUGUCUACAACUUCAGCCCUAGUGCACCCCCAAUGCCUCGAAAGUUAUGA